AUCAGCGCCACGCUCAUGUAGCGACGAGCACCUGUACUACGACAUUGACAGAUCAUCGUGACGCGAAAAAAAAAACAAGUGCGAAAAAAACGAAGAAAUCAAAAGUCGCGAGUGUCACAAAGGUCUCGAGGAAUUACAUCAGGGAAAAGAAAAUAUUCUUCUCAAAUAUCGACCAACAUGCUGCGAAGACUAGUCUACCAAACGUUUAGGGCGUUCGAUGCUUCCAUCACAAACCGAGCACUUUCCCUCUCGUCCCAAGUGUUAACCAAAGACCUUCAGCUGCCGUUCGCCACCAGCAACACCAGCACAACAACGCCGAUUCAUGCACAGACCGAAUCCUAUCUAAACCUACUGAAGAACGCCACCGAUGCUAAAGAAGUACUGGAAUUCUUGCCCACCUUGGACAAGCGCAAACUGGAUCGGCAGACCGUCACGCUGAAUGCUCUGAAGACCCUCUUCGAGCUGCACAAGUUGGGCAAGACCAGCAUCCAGAGGCAGGACGUCCUAAAUCAUCCACGGUUUGCCGAACUGUGCAAGGUAUUGAAGUACGAAGCCCGAGGCUUCGUAAUGAAUGAUGUUACGGAGAGCUUGAAGAUUCUCACGUACUUCGGAGUGCGAUCCAACAGCGAAAUUAUGACCGUGUUCCUACAGUUGCUCCGCCAUCAGAUCAACGACAUAAAUCUGGACCAGAUAGUGUUUUUAGAUUUCAUACUGAAGAAGAUGGAUCGCAGUCCUUUGGUUGAGGCCUUGCAGUUAGCAUUGCCAAUGCUGUUGCAGAUUCAAAUCUCGUACAAGAUGGAUCACGAGAACGUUCAACAGUUAGUCGAACUAAUCGGAUUUGUUUCACAGCACCGGGUGUCCGAUCGUUGUGUUACGAAUGUGGUCAGUGCUUUAACCCUGCAUGGAACAAGCUUGACCGGAAUUCAGGCAGCGGAUGUAUUGAAAGCCCUCACGAAUUUCAAUAACAUGGAGCCAUUGCACGUGAAACUGUUGAACAACGUGUACGAAACGUUGAUUGAGAAGAUCGACGAAAUCAACUUCAAAACGAUCGAUUUCUUAAUGAAAAAGAUAGUCGAGAAAAAUUUGGAUAAAUAUCCAAUGUUCUACAACGACGUGUAUUUCAAACGAUCCGCCCAGUUUGUAGUGAAUCAUGAUAUGGGCAUCAUGAAUGCACUCUAUUUUCAGAAGAAAUUGAACAAGAUUGCUUAUUUACACAUUCCGCUUCUAGACUACAUAGAUUCACAAGCGGACAACCUGUCGAUUGUUCCGAACUCUGGAAUAAUUGCAGUUGUAGCAGCCUUUUCAAAUGCCGACUACCGACCUUCGAACUGGGAAGUCCUCAAAUCGGAGAUAACGCGUCACUCAUUCAUAGAAAACCCCGCCAUCCCUUGGAUUCGCUACAACUUGGAACUUUUGUCGUUGGGCAUUUAUAACAAGCAACUUCUGGAACAGUACUUGGAACCUCUGGCUUUGGAGCGUAGUAUGCAUCGAAACACCGUAGUCGAUUAUCUUCAACUGCUGGAGUUGUCACGAACCCUUCAGCUGCUCUUUCCGGAAUACGACGGUCCUCUACCGGAGAAGCGUUACAUAGAAAAGGGAACCGUGCUAUUGCUGCAGAAUAAUGAAUUACCCCUGCAAAAACCUCUGGAAAUGAUUUUCGGAGGCGAAGGAAGCGUAUUGCCGCAAGUUACGUCCGACUAUGGGCACGUGUUGGACCACGUACUGGUGUUCGAUCGGGAAGGUCGUAUCGUGAAACAGCCCAUCUUGUUCGAUGACGAAGAGCAACAGCAGGCGGCUCGAAUAGAGGACAUUAUCAGCCGGGGACAACGAGUUGUCGUCGUUUUGUGCUUGCCGAAGAGCUACUACGCCUUGAACGUGAACCGCUUGCGGGGCCGAUUCGCCAUGUUCAUUCGAACGAUCGAAGCAUUGGGAGUAUCCGUAGUGCCCGUGCCGUACCAGAUGUGGUCGAACCUUCCGGAAGCCGAACGGUUGCCAUACCUGGAAAGGGAAGUACGUGCGAAGAUCAACUGUAUGCAAUGAACUUUCGGAUCGAUUGAAUAAACUACAGCGGAAAAGUA